CGUUAUUACGUUAAUGUCUAUCACUAAGUAUGAACGAAGUUAGUCCGUCUUUGGUGACGACUUAUACUUUUAAAAAUGGCAAAGAAUACAUCGUAAAAAUUAAAGUUACUACUUUUAAGGGAUGUCAGCGUAAUUUGGAGCUUACUAUUAGCGACAAAUAUACUGCUGAAAAUUGGCGGUCUUUCUACGAUGCUGCAUAUAUUGAAAAUUUGACGCACAAAACAGGAAAUUAUAAGCAUUUUGAUGUAUUUGUAGCUAUGCUGCAAUCUGGAUUGUUAAAAACAAGCGAAUCUAUUACUUUGGAUCUUCUUACAUUUGAAGACUUAGAACUAUUACGCGCACGCAAAUUUGAACGUAGUUCAUGUUCAAAUUUAGGUAAUACAUCAAAUAAUCGUCGAUAUCUUAUAUUAACAUACACAGUAGAAUUUGAUAGAAUCCAUUAUCCAUUACCUCUGGAAUAUUGUGGUUUACCCAAUCCAAUAAUAUUACAAGCUACCAUUAGGAAAUUACAAAUUGAACUUGAAAGAUUACAAUCUACAGGAAUAAAUAGAGAUCUCCAAAAACGCAUUGAACAACUUACAAUUGCAAAUCAAAAACUUGUACAAGAAAAUCUUAAACUUACAAAUGGAGGAAGAAGUUUAAAACAUUUAUUAGCAUCGAUUAAAUCAUUAGAAAAAAACAUUAUUAAAGAACGUGCAUCUUUCUGUAUGCAAAUUCAAAAACUUAAAACUGAAAAUACAGCUUUAUUAUUGAAAGUACAACAACUUAGUACAUCUACUAAUAAAAAAUCUGAAGAUAGUAAUUCAGGAUUAAAACGUCGUAAUCGUACAUCUUCUACCCUUAGAAGUAGAAGUCGAUCGUCUUCAAUUUCAAGUCGUAAUAAAACAACUUCUAGUUUAUCAUCAGGUAGUUCAUUAGAUUCAAUUAAAAUUCAACGAUCUCCUUGCCGAAGUAUGAAAAUACAUAAUAAAACAAAAAAUUCAAAAGUUGAAUUUGAAAAUUUGGAAGCAAGAAUUCAUACAUUACAGAAAAUGUUGAAAGAAGGAAUAAAUCUAAAUUAUUAAAUAAAUAAAUUUUUUUAUGAACCAUUAGUGAAUAUAUAUACACAAAUAUAUUCUUUUUUACCAUUAUUAUUAACAUAAUUUUCAUAUAAUACAAUUUAAUUAAAUAUAAAUAGACAUAGUGUUUUACUAUCUAAAAUAGUAUGAUUUGAAAAUCUUUUAUAAAAGUAAAAUAUUUCUUUUCCUGUUUUUGAAAAUUAUUAAUGAAAAAAUUAAAAUAUAAAACUACAUGUAUAAACAUAAAUACAAAAUAUUAAAUAUUUUGAAUAAUAAUGUACAAAAUAUUAAUGUA